AUGUCGGACUCUGAAGAGGUCAUCGAAGAAUAUGAGCAGGAGCAGGAAGAGGAGUAUGUGGAAGAAGGUCAGGAAGAACAGGUAGAGGAAGCAGAGGAGGAGACCGAAGAAACCAAGGCAGAAGAACAAGAAGAUGAAAGGAAAGCACCAGGAGAAGAAGGUGGAGAGGGGGACCGAGAGCAGGAGCCUGGGGAAGGUGAAUUGAAGCCAAAGCCCAAGGUCUUCAUGCCAAACCUGGUGCCUCCCAAAAUCCCAGAUGGCGAGAGACUGGAUUUUGAUGACAUCCACCGCAAGCGCAUGGAGAAGGACCUGAAUGAGCUGCAGGCCCUCAUCGAAGCCCACUUUGAGAGCAGGAAGAAGGAGGAAGAGGAGCUUAUCUCCCUCAAGGACAGGAUUGAACAGCGGCGAGCGGAAAGGGCAGAGCAGCAACGGAUUCGCAGCGAGCGGGAGAAGGAGCGGCAAGCCCGCAUGGCCGAAGAAAGAGCUCGCAAAGAGGAAGAGGAGGCACGGAAGAAGGCUGAGGAGGAAGCACGGAAGAAGAAAGCUUUCUCCAACAUGUUACAUUUUGGAGGUUACAUGCAGAAGUCAGAGAAAAAGGGUGGGAAGAAACAAACAGAGCGGGAAAAGAAGAAGAAGAUCCUCAGCGAACGGCGGAAGCCCCUGAACAUCGACCACCUCAACGAAGACAAGCUGAGGGACAAGGCCAAGGAGCUAUGGCAAACCAUCCGUGAUCUGGAGGCUGAGAAAUUUGACCUGCAGGAAAAGUUCAAGCGGCAGAAAUAUGAGAUCAAUGUCCUCCGAAACCGCGUUAGUGACCACCAGAAAGUCAAAGGGUCAAAGGCUGCCCGUGGGAAGACCAUGGUGGGCGGUCGGUGGAAAUAG